AUGGGUCCUUACGCUGGGGGAGUACUCUCCUGUUGUGGGGGGGUGCUCUCUUCUUGUGGGGGGUACUCUCCUAUUGUGGGGGGGUGCUCUUCUGUUGUGGGGGGGUGCUCUCCUGGUGUGGGGGGGUGCUCUCCUGUUGUGGGGGGGUGCUCUCCUUUUGUGGGGGGUUUCUCUCCUGCUGUGGGGGGGUGCUUUCCUGUUGUGGGGGGGUGCUCUCCUGUUGUGGGGGGGCGCUCUCCUGUUGUGGGGGGUGCUCUCCUGUUGUGGGGGGGGUGCUCUCUUAUUGUGGGGGGGGUGCUCUUCUGUUGUGGGGGAGUGCUCUCCUGGUGUGGGGGGGUGCUCUCCUGUUGUGGGGGGGUGCUCUCCUUUUGUGGGGGGUUUCUCUCCUGCUGUGGGGGGGUGCUUUCCUGUUGUGGGGGGGUGCUCUCCUGUUGUGGGGGGGUGCUCUCCUGCUGUGGGGGGGUGCUUUCCUGUUGUGGGGGGGUGCUCUCCUGUUGUGGGGGGGUGCUCUCCUGUUGUGGGGGGUGCUCUCCUGUUGUGGGGGGUACUCUCCUGUUGUGGGAGAGGUGGGUCAGAUUUCCCAGAAUCCUCUGCUGA